AUGCUCACCCCCCUCUCGGCCCUCCACAGGAUGAUCAAACACCGAGUGGAAGAGGAGGGUGAAGCGCUCGUAGGACUCGACCUCGGGUCCGCCCGUUUCCCAGACCACGGCACCCCAGUCCAGGGCCCUUCCGGUCAGUGCUGAGAUGACUGUGGCAACCCUGUCCCUCCCGGAGACAGCCUCGGCGUAGCGAGCGUGGUACAGGUCGCAUUGCAGAAGGAAUCCCUUGCAUCUCGCUGACGCGCCAUCGAAGCGUUCCGGGAGGGACAGGGGUAUUCCGCUCUUCAUUGAUUAUACUGUUAUGUAUGAGGUAAUGCAUUAGGAAAGUCUUAAAUGUAUGUGGUUGAGAAUGGGUUAUGGAUCUACUAUGUUUAAACCAUAUGCGGUUAUGGAACCCCUACCUGUCCCAGACCUGCUGUUUUCAACUCUUAAUGAUCGGCUAUGAAAAGCCAACUGAGAUUUAUUCCUGAUUAUUAUUUGACCAUGCUUGUCACUUAUGAACAUUUUUGAACAUCUUGGCAUGGUUCUGUUAUAAUCUCCACCCGGCACAGCCAGAAGAGGACUGGCCACCCCUCAUAGCCUGGUUCCUCUCUAGGUUUCUUCCUAGGUUUUGCCUUUCUAGGGAGUUUUUCCUAGCCACCGUGCUUCUACACCUGCAUUACUAGCUGUUUGGUUAACCAUAUUUAAGUAUUGAUUGAUAUGUUUUGGAAUAAACGGAGCAGAGCAAGGUGGUGGCUCUGUUAUUUUUUACAUGAGAAAGUUUGGUUUGGCCACCAUUGUAUCCAAACUAAAUAAAUAUAGGAGGAGAAGUCAGAUUUCACCACUAUCAUAAAUUAAGAGUGGGCGGAGCGGUCUAAAGAUGAAAGUUUGGAGACAAUGGUGGAGAAACUGAACUGGGUGGGUUGUAAGCUAAAAGUAUGUAAAACGAGCGGGAAUAGACAUUGUAUAUAAACUGAGGGCCGAGUGUUUUGAGUUAGUUGCUCUGCAGACCAGCUAGGCUUUUGUUGCUCUAUGUAAUAAAGUCUAUCUUGAUUCUACAAAAACUCUGGAAGAACUUUGAUUUUUAAUAAGUAUAGUGAUAAUUAUCCACGACAGUAAUGAUCCAGGUCAGUGACGCCUAGAAGACCGGUGACGUAGACCUCCAGAGCUGGUGAAUGGAAUGAGCAGCAGUACCGGGGGGAUUCGUGACAUGGUUAACGGCUUGAAAGUAAGCAUUUCACAGUAAGGUCUACACCUGUUGUAUUCGGCAUGUGUCAAAUACAAUUUGAUUUGAUUUGAUUUGACUCAAGGCUGUAAUCGCUGCCAAAGGUGCUUCAACAAAGUACUGUGUAAAGGGUCUGAAUACUUAUGUAAAUGUGAUAUUUCAGUUUUUAUUUUUUCUAAAUUUGCUAAACUUUCUAAAAACCUGUUGUUGCUUUGUCUUUAUGGGGUAUUGUGUGUAGAUUGAUGAGAAAAACAAAACAAUUUAAUCAAUUUUAGAAUAAGGCUGUAACGUAACAAAAUGUGGAAAAAGUCAAGGGGUCUGAAUACUUUCCGAAUGCACUAUAUCUUGAAAACUUUAUUGAUGACAAGCAAAACAUUUUGGGACUAUGUCAAAGAUAGUUUUUGGGUUGAGUUUUCCGUUAAUUCUGCUUUGCACACAGGUCCUGUCACGAUCGUUAGACGGAGUAGACCAAGGCGCAGCGUAUGAACGAACAUACUUUAUUAAUACUGAAACACAAACCAAAACAAUAAACGAUAACCGUGACUUCCAAAGUUAACACAACCACACGGAAUAAACCCACAGGAACAAAUCAACUGGAACAAGAUCCAUAAACUAUUGUGGGAAAACAGCUCUAUAAAAUAUGGUCCAUCAGAGACAAUCAGCAACAGCUGACACUCGUUCUCUGAUUGGGAACCACUUCUGGCCAACACAGAAAUCAAUACCUAGAAUAACCACACCCUGGCUCAACAUAUAAGUCCCAGAGCCAGGUGUGACAGUAACCCCGCCCCCCUACAGGCUCGGACUGCGACCGCGCCUGAACUAACAAACAAGGGAGGCUGGGUGGCAUUUCCUCCUCGGAUGCGGUUUCCGCUCCGGGCUAGACCACCACCCUCCAAUAAUCCCCCCAUAGCGCCCCUGGUCCGGUCUGGCCCCGCUGGCUGGAGCUGAACUGGACAUCGUAGGAGCGGAUAGCUUCAGCUCCGGUGUGGAGCAGCUGACCGGUACCUGACCAGGCACCGGUGACCCAGGUACGGGUUGUGCCGGACUGACGACGCACACCCCUGGCUUGGUGCGUGGAGCAGGAACGGGCCGGACCGGGCUGACGAUGCGCACCCCUGGCUUGGUGCGUGGAGCCGGAACGGGCCGGACCGGGCUGACGAUGCGCACCCCUGGCUUGGUGCGUGGAGCAGGAACGGGCCGGACCGGGCUGACGAUGCGCACCCCUGGCUUGGUGCGUGGAGCAGGAACGGGCCGGACCGGGCUGACGAUGCGCACCCCUGGCUUGGUGCGUGGAGCUGGAACGGGCCGGACCGGGCUGACGACGCGCACCCCUGGCUUGGUGCGUGGAGCAGGAACGGGCCGGACCGGGCUGACGACACGCACCCCUGGCUUGGUGCGUGGAGCAGGAACGGGCCGGACCGGGCUGACGACGCGCACCCCUGGCUUGGUGCGUGGAGCAGGAACGGGCCGGACCGGGCUGACGACGCGCACCCCUGGCUUGGUGCGUGGAGCAGGAACGGGCCGGACCGGGCUGACGACUCGCACCCCUGGCUUGGUGCGUGGAGCAGGAACGGGCCGGACCGGGCUGACGACUCGCACCCCUGGCUUGGUGCGUGGAGCAGGAACGGGCCGGACCGGGCUGACGACUCGCACCCCUGGCUUGGUGCGUGGAGCAGGAACGGGCCGGACCGGGCUGACGACUCGCACCCCUGGCUUGGUGCGUGGAGCAGGAACGGGCCGGACCGGGCUGACGACUCGCACCCCUGGCUUGGUGCGUGGAGCAGGAACGGGCCGGACCGGGCUGACGACUCGCACCCCUGGCUUGGUGCGUGGAGCAGGAAUGGGCCGGACCGGGCUGACGACUCGCACCCCUGGCUUGGUGCGUGGAGCAGGAACGGGCCGGACCGGGCUGACGAAGCGCACCCCUGGCUUGGUGCGUGGAGCAGCAACGGGCCAGACCGGGCUGGCGACGCACAGCGUAGGCUUGGUGCGAGGAGCAGGAACAGGCCGGACCGGGCUGGCGACGCACACCGUAGGCUUGGUGCGAGUGGCAGGAACAGGCCGGGCCGGGCUGGCGACGCACACCGUAGACUUGGUGCGAGUGGCAGGAACAGGCCGGGCCGGGCUGGCGACGCACACCGUAGACUUGGUGCGAGGAGCAGGAACAGGCCGGGCCGGGCUGGCGACGCACACCGUAGACUUGGUGCGAGUGGCAGGAACAGGCCGGGCCGGGCUGGCGACGCGCACCGUAGACUUGGUGCGAGGAGCAGGAACAGGCCGGGCCGGGCUGGCGACGCGCACCGUAGGCUUGGUGCGAAGGGCAGGAACAGGCCGGGCCGGGCUGGCGACGCGCACCGUAGGCUUGGUGCGUGGAGCAGGAACAGGCCGGGCCGGGCUGGCGACGCACACCGUAGGCUUGGUGCGAGUGGCAGGAACGGGCCUUACCGGGCUGACGACUCGCACCGUAGGCUUGGUGCGAGGAGCAGGAACAGGCCGGGCCGGGCUGGCGACGCGCACCGUAGGCUUGGUGCGAGUGGCAGGAACGGGCCUUACCAGGCUGACGACUCGCACCGUAGGCUUGGUGCGAGGAGCAGGAACAGGCCGGGCCGGGCUGGCGACGCGCACCGUAGGCUUGGUGCGGGGAGCAGGAACAGGCCGGGCCGGGCUGACGACUCGCACCGUAGGCUUGGUGCGAGGGGCAGGAACAGGCCGGGCCAGGCUGGCGACGCGCACCGUAGGCUUGGUGCGGGGAGCAGGAACAGGCCGGGCCGGGCUGACGACUCGCACCGUGGGCUUGGUGCGAGGGGCAGGAACAGGCCGGGCCGGGCUGGCGACGCGCACCGUAGGCUUGGUGCGGGGAGCAGGUACAGGCCGUGCCGGGCUGGUGACGCGAACCGUAGGCUUGGUGCGAGGAACAGGAACAGGCCGGACCGUACUGGGAACACACACCACUGGCCUUAACCGGGGAUCAGGAACGGGCCGGACCGGACUGGCAAUACACCUCAGUACCUCUCGCCGUGCCUCUACAGCUUCCUUCCCUCCUCUCACCAAUGGCUCCCGUAACCCGGUGGCCUUCUCUCCUCGUCUCCCAUUUCGCCCUGUGGCAGCCUCCUGCUGCCCAGUCGCCCAUGCCGUGUGCCCCCCCCUAAAAAAUUUCUGGGGUUGCCUCUCGUCCGUCCGACGACGACACUGUUGACGCCGUUGCUCCUCUCUCGCCAGGGCCUUAAUCUUAGCCCAUGGCCCCUUACCCCCGAGCAUGUCCUCCCAGGACCACGAUUUGCCCACCUGGGCCAUCGCCAACCUCUCCAGCUCCUUUCCCGGCGCUUCCUCCCAUGUCCAGGCCGCCUGCUCCUGGACACGCUGCUUGGUCCUGGUAUGGUGUGAUCUUCUGUCACGAUCGUUAGACGGAGUAGACCAAGGCGCAGCGUGAUGAACGAACAUACUUUAUUUAAUGACUGAAAACACGAACCAAAACAAUAAACGAUACCGUGACGUCCAAAGGUUAAACACAACCAACACGGAAUAACCCAAAAGGAACAAACCAACUGGAACAAGAUCCCACAACUAUUGUGGGAAAACAGCCUCUAUAAAUAUGGCUCCCAAUCAGAGACAACCAGCAACAGCUGACACUCGUUGCCUCUGAUUGGGAACCACUCUGGCCAACACAGAAAUACAAUACAUAGAAUAAACACCCUGGCUCAACAUAUAGAGUCCCAGAGCCAGGGUGUGACAGGUCCCUUCACAUCUGUGGAAUUCACUGGGAUGGAAGCUCAGGGGAUAUCUCACCAGGUGCAAUCUUAUGAAAAGAUCCAGAGUGAGAGUGUCUCAAGGGCCUGUCAGACCAGGGCUCUUGACCUUGCGUCAAUCAAUCCGAUUAUCAUCCAGUGUCUGAUUUUUUUUACUGAGGAGUAUGUCCAAACUUCUGUUGUAUUAUUUCAAAUCAAAUCAAAUGUUAUUUGUCACAUGCGCCGAAUACAACAGGUAGACCUUACAGUGAAAUGCUUACUUACAAGCCCUUAACCAACAAUGCAGUUUUAAGAAAAAUAAGUAUUUACUAAAAUAAACUGAAGUAAAAAAUUUAAAAUAAAUAAACCUUUUAUCUUCUUGAGAAGACCGAUUUUCAGGAUGUCUCCUGGUCUGACAAACAACGCUGUAGCUCUGCCACUUUCCACCGCAGAUGCGUAAGGCCAACAUAGGCAAAUGUGGUGUAUUGAGACGCAGCCCAUGCAAAAUCAGAUAUCUAGCUUUAACUGAUGGAUUUUGAUGGGGAUUUUUUAUUUUUUUAUUACAUUGACACAGGUGAGUCAAUAAACUCUUACAGCUGCAAUAUGUAACUUUUUGGGCAACCCGACCAAAUUCAGAUAGAAAUGUGUGUAAUAGAUCUGUCAUUCUCAUUAAAAGCAAGUCUAUGAAGUGGUAGAUCUGUACUAUGCUGCACUAUUUCUAUGCUUCCCGUCCUUAAGUUUCGAUUUUGCGUCUAUUACUUCCGGUUUUGUACACCAGCUUCAAACAGCUGAAAAUAAAAUAUUUCUGGUUAUGGAAAAUAUAUUUCACAGCGGUUUAGAUGGUACAAUGACUCUCUACACUAUACUGGCUUGUUUUGUCACAUAAACUGAAAUUAGGCAAACUAUUAGAAUCAUAGCAACCAGGAAAUGGCAGAGCGAUUUUCUGCAUAGUGCCUCUUCAAGCAUGAGUAUCUCUUUGAGGAGCUUGGUUGCAGAGCCCGGCUAUGAGUAAUCUACCUACACUGAUUCUGUCUCACAGGUCAUGAAGGCACUGCUUGCAGAUAUGUGCAUGGAGAUUGUACGGUUUAUAUCCGAGGCCAUCCUGGAGGUCAUAAUCCCUGCAAUUGUAUGUUUUGUACGAGCCUGAAGGUCUGCAAAAGGGGCAGUGGCAAGUCCUCCUCAAGGUCUCUUAUGCCCACAUCAAGCUCCUCUCCUAAUGGGUAUGUUCAAUAGUUCUGUAACCUAAUGGGAACUAUGUUUCACCUAACUAUUCAGAUGCCAAUUUUGGGAAAAUAUGUUUUGUUAUCUGUAUAACAUUUUUCUCAUAAUGACCAAUUUGACUGACUACUGAAUUAUGUAUUAAUGUGACUACAGUGUCUAUUAUUGAAGAUGGAAUGCUGUAUUUGUAUUCUCAAAGGUUUCAGACAGUGUUGCCAAGGACUCAGGGAGAUGAUGAGUGUACAGUAGAUCAUCUGAGCCACACAGUGACUUUCUGGUGAUCACUGAGGACAGUCUCCUCAGUAGUGUUGAGGAUUCCUUCAAAGUCACUGAGCAAUGUCCUUGGCAUCCAAAGAGAAGGCCAGGUAGACACUCAAACACUAUCCCGGGUUAUUGUUGGAUAAGUGUCAAAGAAGGUCAACUCCAUAAUCUCUGUGGCCAUCCAAACUCCCAUCUCUGGGCAAAUGUCCCCUGUCGUUUUUGCCAGUGGUGGUGUCUCCAGCACCAAGGUGGUUGAGAAGAUGGUGUCUGGCGUCUCCAUUACCUUUCAGAUGUUCAUUCAUGAACAGAGCGUGGAGCAGAGUGUUGUUUUCAUAGAGGAUGGUGUUAAAGCGGAUAUUACAGUACAUAUUUAACAGGACAGGUCAUGACGGCCCUCAGUGACACUGUUUUGAUCUGCAGCGAUAAGGAGGAAAAUGAUCUGCAGCGAUAA